GACAGAAAAACUGACUUGUCACUCUGGCACCAUGAUGCGGAGUGAUCAGGAGCGCAUGCAACAAGAAGAAGACGACAAAUAUGAGGACAGCUACGAAGAAGAUUCUGAGGAGGAGUCGGACGAGGAGAGUGAGGAAGAGGGAUUCCUUGGUGCCCGUUAUGCUGCGGUCGAUCAGAUCAUGCGCGAUCAAGCUGCAGGUUCAAGCACUGAUCGAGCUGGUGGGAGACUGGCACGAUCUGUGACUUGGCCAGGUCAGGUCUUCAAAAGGUCCGCGCUGCGGAGGAGCUCCGAACCCUACCAGCGAAAAUCCGUUUCGUUCGCGGAGGAGCUGGUGGAAACAAAGGAAUUUGUUGCCUUCCAGGGCUCUCCGACGAGCUCUGACAGCUCCCCUGCUCGAGCCAACCCAUACCGCAACAUGCCGGUCGAAGAGCUUUGCCUACUGAGCCAACAUCUUAAUGCAGAACUCAGUCUGCUCAGCCAGAUGGAUCCUGAGGCUCUUGCCCCUGCUGACGGUGCCGCAUUUUCGCCUUCAAGAAUUCCCAUCACACAGACAGAGAUGGAAAGUCCUCAAGAAGUGCGCGACGAAACAGAUGCCCCGACUUGCGGAGAAGAGUCUGAAAGAGUUGAGCCCACCCAGGAGUACGAGAACCAGAGGCUACCAGAGCUUCAUGAGUAUGUAGCUGGAAUGGCUGAGACUGGCACAGAUGUCAGCUGGGAAGGUGGGCAGGCAAAGUCAAAGGUUGUACACACAGUUGUGGCGUUGGGACCAGGCCCGCUGAACCAAGAAGCCGCAACAUCCUCAGCUAGCGGCUACGGUGGCCAUGCCUUUCCUCCAAGUCUUCCUGGCAAGGCCAUGCCAGCGAUGGCUCCUCUGGGUGAAGUAUGUGAAGUCUCUCAAGCAAGUUAUGCUCUUGAGGAGGCAGCUGGUGCGGAUGGAGUUGGUUCGUUGCAGGAGUCUUCCAUGUUUUCCACGACAGCGGCAGAGUUGGGCGUGCAGAGCCACUGUGCAGAGGAUGAAGAAGUUCCACAGCCAGAGCACGAGCCAGCUGAUGAAGCAAGCGCCCUAAGCGUCCUGGAGGUCAAGGAGGGUGAAAAGGAUGAGGAAACGGAUGAGGAAAAGGAUAAGAAAAAGGAUGAAAAGGACGAGGAUGAAGAACUCACUGCGUCAUUGGUUGCUGGCGCCUCUGUAGCAUCAGAUGCAGAGCAGCCAGAGGGGGAACCAUCCAGCUUGGACCAAGCUUAUGGUACGGAGGGCCCAGAAGUCAAGGGAGGAGUAGAUUAUUAUGAAAUCGGCAGCGAUACUGAGAAAGAAAAUAGUUCGUCAAGAUUUUUGGAGACGCCAAGGACACAUGGGAGGAUCGGGAGGUCUUUACAGCCUCCUACGCCGAUUACAGAGCACUUUAUGAUUUGCAAUGAAGAGGAUGGCGACCUCAACAUGGACGUGCCUGGUUCUGAGGCGGAUGGCGAGGAUCCCUUUGAGGCCUUGGGCUAUGCACCGCCUGAACCGGAAUGUGAUCUCCAAGCUUCUGCAGGAAUCGCUGGCUUCCCAUCAACACUGGGAACCUUUGAUCUGGAGGCUGUAGGGCGAGCUGAUUUUGCGGUGCAUCGCAAACCUGGUCAGCACAGUGACCUUGCGAUCCAACAACCGACUCCGGAAGAAGCUGUGAAGAAGAUGAGCAGCAAAGAACAGAUGGCAGCAAAGAUGGAGGAGAGGCGGCGGAAGCUUGAAGGUCUGCUUCCACAAGAACCGGAGGUCAAGGAGGUCAAGCAGCAGCCCAUGCAACGCGACCCCAGAGCGACAACUUCAGAGAAGCCUCCAGAGGGUGACACUUGCAAGCAGGCAAAGGUGCAACAUGGUCCAGCUCAACCAGCUGCUGAGGUGGCAACCACCGUCAGUGAGAUCAAGCAGCCUUUGCAACGCGACACUGAAGCGACAACUUCAGAGAAGCCUUCAAAGGAUGGCACUGGCAAGCAGGCAAAGGUGCAACAUGGCCCAGCUCAACCAGCUGCUGAGGUGGCAACCACCAUCAGUGAGAUCAAGCAGCCUUUGCAACGCGACCCUGGAGCGACAACCUCAGAGAAGCCUCCAGAGGGUGACACUUGCAAGCAGGCAAAGGUGCAACAUGGUCCAGUUCAACCAGCUGCUGAGGUGGCAACCACCAUCAGUGAGAUCAAGCAGCCUUUGCAACGCGACCCUGGAGCGACAACCUCAGAGAAGCCUCCAGAGGGUGACACUUGCAAGCAGGCAAAGGUGCAACAUGGUCCAGUUCAACCAGCUGCUGAGGUGGCAACCACCAUCAGUGAGAUCAAGCAGCCUUUGCAACGCGACACUGAAGCGACAACUUCAGAGAAGCCUUCAAAGGAUGGCACUGGCAAGCAGGCAAAGGUGCAACAUGGCCCAGCUCAACCAGCUGCUGAGGUGGCAACCACCGUCAGUGAGAUCAAGCAGCCUUUGCAACGCGACCCUGAAGCGACAACCUCAGAGAAGCCUCCAGAGGGUGACACUUGCAAGCAGGCAAAGGUGCAACAUGGUCCAGCUCAACCAGCUGCUGAGGUGGCAACCACCAUCAGUGAGAUCAAGCAGCCUUUGCAACGCGACACUGAAGCGACAACUUCAGAGAAGCCUUCAAAGGAUGGCACUGGCAAGCAGGCAAAGGUGCAACAUGGCCCAGCUCAACCAGCUGCUGAGGUGGCAACCACCGUCAGUGAGAUCAAGCAGCCUUUGCAACGCGACCCUGAAGCGACAACUUCAGAGAAGCCUUCAAAGGAUUGCACUGGCAAGCAGGCAAAGGUGCAACAUGGCCCAGCUCAACCAGCUGCUGAGGUGGCAACCACCGUCAGUGAGAUCAAGCAGCCUUUGCAAAGCAAGACUGAGGCAAAGGUGCAACAUGGUCCAGCUCAACCAGCUUCUUCUGGUGCUUUCAGGGCAAUGAGUUCUGGAGCAACAGGGAUGGAGCGUGAUACCCGGCAACCAGCCAAUAUUAUGCAUGGACCUCAAAUGUUGCAGGAAAGUCCGAAGUUUGGAUGGGACAGCGCAGAUGCUCAGCCAAGAAUUGGUCGGACCGGAUCUUUGCCAGAAUCACAAGAGAGGCCAAGAAUUAGCAUUCUCAAGAAGGCAAAGACGGAAAGCUUCGUGGAGAGGCCAAAGGCCUUGAGAUUUUCAACAGAAGUUGAAAUCAGGGACUUCACGCCGCGCAGUCCUUACACUCCAAGUCCACUCACACAGGCCGUCGUUGUGGGGACUCCAGUCGAUCCUGGUUCUAUCCCAUGGCUCCAGCAGUUUAGCCAGGGUUCGCAGUCAUCUGCAGCGUCCAGUAAAGAUAUGCCCUUUGGAGACAUUCCAGCUCAACCUUCAACCCACGUGGCGCAAGCUGGCUUGCAAGGAUCUCAAAUGUCGCCCCAUGAUACUGCGGGAGAAUUGUUGCAACGGGGACGCUCAAGCAGUGUCUCCCUCUUGCCGGAUUUGUCCAGUCCUAUGCAUAGGUCUGACGAGGUGAAAGGGCCAUCGAAUAACGCAGAAGCAGCGCAUCCUCAAGUCUUGAAAGGGAAGGCACCUGCAUCGUCCAGAACUGGCAGAGAUAUGCCAAGAGACUGCAGAGCCAUAGCACCCCAGCCUUCAAGACCCUUGGGACAAGGUGCCACGCACGGACCUCAAAUGUCAGGUUUGUCUGGUGAGGGGAAGCCCUUGGAACGGGCACCUUCACAGAGUAUCUCCCUCUUGCCGGAUUUGUCCAGUCCUUUGCAUGGGUCUGACGAGGUGAAAGGGCCAUCGCAUAGCGCAGAAGCAGCGCAUCCUCAAGUAUUGAACUUGAAGGUACCUGCAUCGUCUGAAACUGGCAAAGAUAUGCCAAGAGACUCCAGAGCCAUAGCACCUCAGCCUUCAAGACCCCUGGCACAAGGUGCCAUGCAAGGAUCUCAAAAACCAGCUUUGUCUGGUGAGGGGGGACCCUCGGAAAGGGCACGCUCACACAGUAUCUCCCUCUUGCCUGACUUGCCCACUGCUUGCGAUAGUUCCGAAGUGAUGCAAGGGUCAUCGCAUAGCGCAGAAGCAGCACAUUCCAAAAACUUCAAAGUGAAGGUGGCACACCAAGGAACCUCGCAGGAGAGACAAAAGGAAAGCCUGGGAUCACAAGCAUCCAACGCAUCAGGUUUCCUGACUUGGAAAGAGCCCAGCAGCACAUGCGAUCCAGGGCAUCCCUCAGCUGUCCAUCACGACUCCAGUGGCAAUAGAAGGAGGGUGAGGUUCCAGGAGCCCAUUGCCACAGUUGCUCAGUAUUUGUACGAGAUGACCCAACCAAAUGUGUCGGAGGGAGAAGAGGCGCACCAGUCAAGUCAGCAACAGCCUUUGCACGCAGAUGCAGCAGUGCUGAAGACGACAGUGAAUUGCACGAGUGAGCUCACACAAAUGUACACCAGACGAACUGGCUCGAAACGGACAAGGAAGAACCAAGAAAAUCAUACGCAUCCCAGUUCGUCUACUCAUCACAACUCGAGCGGCCACGGCGGUGAUGAAGGGUUCAAGAACCCCAUUGCAACAGUGGCCCAAUACUUGUACCAGAUGACACGUCCACACGAGCCACAGCCAACGCCACAAGAAACGCAGCCAGACCAGAGUCAGCCACCGCCUCUGCAGACAACAGUAAACUGCUCCCAGGAGCUCACUGACAUGUAUGCCAGGCGGCCUGGGCACGGUGGCUCGCAUCGGUCAAAGAGCCGCAAGCACUCUCCUCGAAGCCCGCGCGAAGGUGGCAGUCUGGAGAACAUCCUGACAAGCCAAAAGGAGCACCGCGAUGCACGCCAAGUGGCUCACGAGGGCUUGGCUCAUGACUUUGAGAAGAGGGUGCUUGAGCGGGCUUACUUCCAGUACAUCAAUGGCGUCUCAGAAGAUGCCAUUCACAAUUACUUUGAAGCUUUGCGGAUAGAGGUCGGCCAAAGGCCGUGUUGAUGUCCGAACGUUUAGUCAAUGGAUUGCACAGUCCUCUAUGGCCAAAACGUGUGCUGUGCAAACCUUUUGUGUGCAACAGCAGGUCUUGCAACCCAGGGAUUGUUCAGGAAUACUUUUUCACAACUUUGCACAACACAUGUGCCGAAGAGCACACUCCUGGCACGUUGCACAAGCGAUUGCUGCGCCGCCUGAGUUUCUCCAGUUUCAAGCAACGUACAGUGUACAGUUUCCAUGGGCUCCUUUUGAGCUACUUUGGCAACUCGCAUCACUUUACUCCUCCUGCAUUAAAAAUGCAGAACCUGGAGGCAGAACAAAAUGUAGAGUGCAGCAGAUCUAGUGCCUGUGGUCCUUAAGAGUUAUUGAAUGCCAUUUCAUUCUUCUGUGGGACAGGCAUGCAC